AUGGCUUCUUUCGAAAGAUUCCCAGAGCUUCCCAAAGAGCUUCGGGAUCAGAUCUGGAGUUUCGCUGGUCGAGAUGACCGUCCCGGUGUACAUAUCUUCGGACAGCAUGACAAAACAAAGGAGAAUACCAGCGAGAGCCGUUUCCUAAGAUACGAUGACAGAACAAGCGAAAACUGGGCAGCGCCUUCAUGGCGCCGAUACUAUGAGAACUUCAACGAGGACCGCAGCGACGAAAACAUCUCAACGUACUUGAUCGAUGGCGGCCUAUGGACAGCUUGUCAUGAAUCGCGGCUCGUCAUGGAAAGGCGAUUUGAACAGUCGAAGCGAAAGCUUGUUGACGAAAAACCUCGCCAAAGACACGAUAGAACAAAAGAAGUCUUCAGAAAGGCUACAACAGGCUGCUUUGACGGUACACCUCUUCAUCCAGUGACAGUCUUUCCCCACCGGGACCUUUUUGUCCUUCAGUGCAAUGACUUGAAAAACGUCAACUGGAGCUUACUUGGUUUAGAGGCUUCAAUGGAGAUUCCUGCAGAAGGUUUUGGUGGGGUGAGGCACGUCGCGUUAGAGUACGACCCAAAGUGGUGGAGUGAGGCUCACGCAAGGACAACGCCUUUGUGCCUGAUUGAAGAUGUUUGGGCAAUCAUGGAGGCUGCCUUUAAAAUGUCGCCCACUGUCUCGAGACUUUGGUUUAUUGACCGCUCCCUGAGACGAAAGAAAGAGGCUCCGGCGUUCAAAGAAACGGCAGAGGAUGGCUUCGGGAUUAAUGCCUUCUAUGCCAGCGACAGAAGAUUUUUGGAGGUAGACCAUAACAACCCAGGCCAUCUCGAAGAGGAGUGGGAAUAUACCGGAUGCCUGAAAGACGAGUCAAACAAUGGCUUAAGUUCGUCGCUGGAUUUCUUGCGAGCAUUGGAGUUAGAGCUCUACGACAUGUCAUUUCCCACUUCAGAUAAUUAUUCUGAAGAUUACUCUAUUGUUGGGCUCCUUGGGUGGGACAAUAAAUAA